UAAAAUUUAAUGUGGAUCUACGGUGAGUUACGACGCAAAGCAAAACAAACAGGAGGACAACUACUAGAGGCGGCGGGUGAACUACAGAUGCAACACCACCAUGUUGCUCACCAGAGAGACAUUCAGGGAGAUAGACGUCGGCAGAAGCUGUGGGCAAGACUAUAAGGUUCUUAAAAUCUACCCAAAGAAAGGAACCAACAUCUUCCCAAAGCGACGUCUCUGUGAAGUCCAGUCUACGUCCGGAGAAUGUAUCAUCAUCAAGGCCAAGUAUGCUGGAAUAGUCACUCAGGUGCUCAUCAACGUUGAUGAUACAAUAGAAGAUGGAUGUGACAUACUGGAACUUGAAGCAUGUACCCACAAUGCCUUGAUGGGGAACAUUUGUUGUGACUGUGGUGUUGUGUUUGAUGAGAAAGACCUCCCAAAGACAGAAGCAGUGAGCAUGCUUCACUCUGUACCUGACCUUAAGAUUGCUAGAAAUGAAGCCCAAAAGCUCGGUAAAGAAGACAUAAGGAAUCUAUUGAAGCAGCGGAGACUUGUGUUGCUAGUAGACUUGGACCAGACAUUGAUCCAUACGACAAAUGAUAAUAUUCCAGCAAAUUUGAAGGACGUUUACCACUUCCAAAUCAACUAUGGCGGCCCGUGGUAUCAUGCCAGACUGCGGCCACACACAAAGGUCUUUCUAGAGAAGGUAUCCAAGUACUAUGAGCUUCACAUCAGUACUUUCGGCGUGAGGGAAUAUGCUCACCACAUAGCCCACUUCCUGGAUCCAGACCGAUUGUUGUUUGGUCAGAGGAUUCUCUCUAGAAAUGAAUGCCUCGAUAUGAUGUCGAAAAAGGCCAACCUUGAUUCUCUCUUCCCGUGCGGAGACAAUCUCGUCUGCAUCAUCGAUGAUCGGACUGAUGUGUGGAACCUCUCCCCCAACGUCGUACAGGUCAUUCCCUACCACUUCUUCAGACACACGGGAGACAUCAACGCUCCUCAGGGUCUCCAGAAGAAGGAAAAUGACGACCGAGAGGGCAUAGACUUCAAGGAUUUGAAAAAGUGCAAUAUUAAAACUGUUGGAGUUCCAACUGAGAACACUUUAGUAACGGAUGAAGACGAUAAGAAAAGUUACAGUUCAGAUUCGGACAGUGACAAGGACGGUAAGGAGUUGAUACCUGGCAAAAUGGGCGAUGUGUUUCAUGGCAAUGGUUCGGAAACGGCUGUACCCGAGACACAAGCAGAAGAUAGUGAGAAAGAUACUAAAGCAGUGGUACUUGACACAAAGGCAGAGAGUGGUGAGAAAGAUACUAAAGAGGUGAUACUCGAGACAAAAGCAGAAGAGAGUGAGACAGAUACAAAAGCAGUGGUACUUGACACAAAGGCAGAGAGUGGUGAGAAAGAUACUAAAGAGGUGGUACUCGACACAAAAGCCGAGAGUGGUGAGACAGAUACAAAAGAUGCGGAACCUGAAAUUAAACUAGACAGUGACGUAGACUCGAGUAAACAAAGUGACGAUUCGGUAAUGCAUUGUGAUACAGAAUUGACAGAGGGAAACGAUAAAAAACCUAGUGAGAAUAGUGAUAGUUGUACGAGCGAACCAAACCAAACAGAAUGUGCAUUAAAACCCGAUUCGGUGGCAGAUAGAGAAUUAACGGCCGAUGGGGUUGAGGGUGCCGAGAACACGAACACAGAAUGCAACGAGGUGAGAGUUGAGGAUGGUAAUGCCUUCCCGGGUGAUGUAGAAAUGGCGUACUGUAAAACGAAAGAGGAGGAUGAAUUGGAAGUGAAAUUAUGCGACAGAAACGAGAACGAUGUCACGUCGAGUAAAAAGACGAUAAACGCAGAUAAUGUAUUUGACGUUGAGGAUACUGACGAUUACUUGUUGUACCUUGAAGAUAUCCUGAAAAAAAUCCACAAAAGAUUUUUCAAGGAGUAUGAUAAGACUCAGAAUCAAAAUGCCGAAGAGCAGGCGUUACCCGACCUGAAAACAAUCGUGCCGACAGUUCGCCGGGAAGUUUUGAAGGGCGUCAACAUAGUCUUCUCGGGGGUUGUUCCACAGCAGAUGAGGCUACAGGAGUCUAAGGCUUACAUGAUCGCCGUGAGCUACGGGGCGAUGGUAUCCGAGAGACUCAUCGUGAAGGCUAAAGGAGCUCCCGAGAGCGACGACAGAAAGAACUACACGACGCACGUGGUCGCGGCGAACCUGCACACGGAGAAAGUGAACUACGCUCGAAAACACAAAUCCAUAAAGGUCGUCACCCCAAACUGGUUGUGGAAAUGUGCAGAAAGAUGGGAACUUGUAGAGGAGCGGCUCUUUCCUCUGAGCAAGGAGACAGAGAAGGAGAUCCAGCGGCUUCCACCACACCACUGCUUCACCCCCGACCUCUCGUUACUAAGAUAUAACUCAGGUACAGAGCAGACUGAGGCAGGUCCAAGCGGCAGAACCAGAACGGCAAGUGGAAGUCUUAUGGAGGAAUAUAUCACUCUCACGGAUAUGAGGAUCAUAGGCCACGACGAUAAGAAUAAUAUGUCGGAGGAGGUCCAAAACACCCUCAGUGACGAUGACGAAUCUGACGAUGAUGAGGGAGAUGCCUCGGACGGUGACACAUCGACCACUAAUGGAGAAAAUGACGAGGAAGAGGAUGAAGAAGAGGGCCCUCGCAGGAAGAGGUCCAAGAGCACGAUAGAGCAUGACGACUUGGCACGCAAUGAUGAAGAAGAGGAGAUGGAGAAUGAAGACGAACUCCCGAGUGUUAUAUUUAGACAAGGUGGGGGUCUGCCCAGUGACGACAGUGAUGAUGGAGAGAGUGAAGAUGAAGGAAACUUGAGUCAGAUGGGUGCUGACCUUGAGAGUCUGUUAGAUUAGCUUGAAACAAACAGUACAAAUAGGAGUUAAUUAUAAGGCUAUUAAGUUCAUUAUCUGUACAGGAAUACCUCGCUAUUCGCAGCCCCGCUUAUCCGUAAUUGAUAUUUUAACGCCCCUAUUCGAUAUUCGCAGAGCACACCCCGCUUAUUCGCAAAGAAAAGUUACGACGCCCUACAGUAAUAUUUCAAACCAUGCAGGCUGGCCACAUGACCCGUGCGGUUUAGAGAUUAGUGAAGUUCAAUGGCACCGGUCACACAGAGCACGCGUGGGAGACGCUCACCCCACGCCUCUACCCUUACUUCCUAACCGCUGCGUGAAAAGCAUGCCGGGCAUUAUAGAAUUCUUCAUAUGGCAGUGGUAAAUGCUCGUUUAAAUGUUGACACUUGUUUACAAAUGUACUCACACAGACACUCACUCAGUCACCGACGCACACACACCUUGUUCUUUUGUAUUGUUUUCAUGAUAUUGUAGUUAUUUUAUUGUAUUAUAUGGAGUGUACUGUACCUGUAUAUCGAGAAAAAUGUUGAUAUUAAAUAAGAAAUAUGAAGAACGGGUGUGUGGAUUUGGCGUGUCACCAAGUUGUACUCUCCCCCUACCAGGCCAAGCUGUGUUAUUGUUAUUUUUCAACUCUUAUUUUUGGGUAGAAUUACAUAAUGUUAAUAUAUUUUUUCUCUGUUAUAUGCAUUCACAAUCCUUCGUACAGAAUGUGCAAAAGUAAAUUAAAAUAAAUGAUAUAAGGUCAUAAACAUUUCUUAUGUGCGUUUGGAUCGUGGGAUGAGGAGGGAUCUCAGCUGCUCCAGUCUCCUGUGUCCUGCAUAUAGUGAUACUGUUGCUAACUGGCAUUUUUUUUUUUUUUAUUCAUUCCUCACCUUUACUGCUACGACUGUACUGUAUACAGAGCACGCGACCCUGGUACCUUAUAGCCUCGGAUAAUUAAGAGUAUAUAUCGUAAAAUAUGUGGUGAAAUUUCCGGUUGGGAACGCAUCCCUCCCCUUUGUUUACAUUUUUUCUUAUGGGGAAAAUUGCAUUGAUAUUCGCAAAUUCAUUAUUCACAAUGAUGACUUUUUGGAACGCAUCCUUUGCAAUAACUGGGGUAUUCCUGUAUACCUCUUCCACUCUGGUGUGGGUUGGGUCAAGGGUUGGAAACCUUAGAGAAGUAAAGGAGACAAAGAAUAUUGUUUUAACCUGUUACUUUCUCUGGCUGUCUCCACCACUCCCCCCUUCUGUGAGGUCUCUGUGCCCCUUGAUCCACCUAACACACAAGAAGGAUAGGAAAGAAGAUGACUGAUAAUGCCGAUAUGUUUUUGAGUGUUCAAAAAACAGUGAUAACUGAAGUAAAAGUUCAGGGACAUAAUUUGUAAUUCUGGUGAGCUUUUAAUUAUGAUUCUUAGAGUUUCUUUUUGUAAAUUGCGGAUCUCGCUUAUAUAAUUUUUGUGAAUAAAUUGCCAUCACAGUGUUCCAGCAUUCAGUCAGAUGAUGAAUUUGUUUUUAUUUGAAAAUUAUUAUUAUAAUUAUCAUUAUUAUUAUUAUCUAUUGUUAAUGUUACAUUCAGUCCUAUUUUUUUUGCAGAAAACUUAAGGACUCCUCUACUGUCAGUGUUACAAAUCUUUUAAUAUCAGAGGUACAUUAUUUUUACAGAUAUAAGGAAUAUACCAUUAUAGGUCUUACUUCAUUUAUUGAUGGAUUUUUAUAACUUUUAAUAAAUGAUGUAUUUAAUUUUUCAUUUUAAAAAGAAACUAUGAAUGUAGCAUAGCAAAGAAGGAAAUGUUUUUA